AUGGAAAAGAAGGUCAAAAACACUAGUCAAAAGAAGAACCUUGCUAAAAUGCAAACCAUGAAGUUAAACGAUUGCAAAGCAGUCAUAUUAAAGCUGGUGGACGAAUUACUUGAUGCAACAAGUAUGAUGUCCAAUUCCCCAUCAAUCAAAGAACAAUGGUCCAUACAUUUGGUGAUUGUCAACCUAUUAUCUAAGAUUAAUCAGUUUGAAGCAGAGUUUGAAUUGAAGCCCUUAUCCCAGAGAAAUGAUCAAUCCAUUGAGAAAUUGACUAAAUGGGCCACUAAAAACGGUGCUAUUCUUAAUGGAGUAGAAAUUCAUCAAUUUGAAAACUACUCAUAUGGCAUGAAAGCUAAUAAAAAUAUCGCUGUUGGUGAUAAGCUUGUGACCGUACCUAGGGCAUUGAUGAUGACUGAAGAAAAUAUACCAUCUUCUCCACUAUGGAAAUUACACUCGCAAGACAUGAUGCUGCGUAAUAUGCCAAACGUGGCUCUGGCAAUAUUCAUUUUGGUUGAAUCUUUGCGGAAAGAUAAGAAAAGUUUUUGGCAUUCAUAUUUAACUACCUUGCCAGUGACAUACUCAACACCAGUAUAUUUUGAUGUAGCUGAUUUAGAAGCUUUGAAAGGAUCACCUGCAUUUGAAGCAGCACUGAAACUUAAUAGAAAUAUAGCUCGACAAUAUGCAUACUUCAAAAAACUGUUUCAGCUUUCCAAUGAUCCAGCUAGUGUAAUAUUAAAAGAUACAUUUACUUAUGAGUAUUAUAGGUGGGCAGUAUCAACGUUAAUGUCACGUCAAAAUACAGUUCCCAGCUCAGAUAACCCGUCCGAAAAUGUCAGUGCACUCAUACCACUUUGGGACAUGUUCAAUCACCGCAGCGGAAGACUGUCGACCGAUUUCGUCAAGUCGAGCAACGUGUGCGUGUGCUACGCGGACGGCGACUACGCGGCGGACGAGCAAGUUUACAUAUUCUACGGAGUGCGGACCAACGCGGAUUUCUUGGUGCACAACGGGUUCGUGUACCCGGACAACGAACACGACGCCGUGAAGAUACGGCUGGGCGUCUCCCGGUCUGACCCGCUCUACUCGCUCCGGUACCGCCUGCUCCAGACGCUCUCGCUGCCCGCCCUCGCCGAGUUCUACCUCACGCCCGGCCCGUUUCCGGUCGACGGAAAGCUCCUCGCGUUCGUCCGCAUCUUCAACAUGGACCAAAAAACCUUGGACGAUUGGAUACAAAUGGAAGAGAAACAUUGCCUGAACUUAACAUUACUAGACGGUACUCUCGAUCCUGCCCUCGAGACCAAGUGCUGGGAAUUUCUGCAAGUCAGGAUAAAUUUGUUGAUAAAGCAGUAUCCAGCACCACCGGAAAAUACGGUUUGUCUUUUUAAUUUUAAUUAAUAUCAAUAACAUAAAUACAUAAUGUUCAGUGUUUUUUAACCGUAAGAAAUUUGGAUUUGUAAUACAUAUUUAUAAUUAUAUAUACUAUAGGUAUAGGUUACACACUAUACUUAGAUGGAUUAGGCUACAUGCACAAUGCACAUAGAUGGAUUUAGCCACUUUGGGUGGGUACAGCUAGACAGCAUCCCCAGCACGCGAUCUCGAUCAACUUUCAGUUAGGGAAGCUCCGGCGAGCUACUAAAAUAAUUAAAAAUUAUAAUUCUUAAACUUCGAAUUUCAGUUUAAUUCGAUCGUAUAUUUUUACCUUUUCACUUUAAAAAACGGUUGCGUAUCGCACAAUUCUUUAGAAGUACAGGAUAAUGUUAUCGCCA